AUGGCAGGACUAUCAGCAGCGGUCAAGCUGCAUCAGCACGGGUUCAAAGUGAAGGUGCUGGAGGCGUCCGAGAAAGUUGGGGGGAGGAUGAGAAGCCUGUACGGUCCUGCUGGGGUUGUCGAGAUAGGAGCGCAGUGGAUGCAUGGGACUGUCGGGAACCCUGUGUAUGACCUGGCAAAGAAGGAAGGGCUUAUGGAGGAGGAGGAGAAAUAUAUGAGAAUGCAGGACGAGACCUUCGGUCGCAUGUGCUUCGUCAAGGAAGGAGGGGAGGAGGUGGAUGAACAAGUGCUGGAGGACGUCGUGUCAGCGUACGACGACUUGCUGGAAGAGUUGGAGCAGGGCAUGGCAGCGCCGGCAGGCUCAGCUGAAGAUUACAUCCGGCGAAGGCUGGGAGAAGAAGGGGCUCUAAACAAGCAUGCGGGGUUGGAAGACGACGUGGAGAGGGUCUUGGAAUGGAAGAGCCGCAUGUUUGUGCAAGGGAACAUCGAUGGCUCUCACCCUUCCACCGUGUCCACUUCACACUUCAUCAACUUCAAGGAGCUUGAGGGAGAACGAAUCCUUCCUGUGCCCUGCGGAUACUCAAAGAUCGUACAAUCCCUCGCGAAUCUUCUUCCUGCAGAUGCUGUCGUCACCUCUGCUAGAGUCUCGAGCAUCUCAACUCUUGUUGACCAAGAGGAUGAAGAGAGGAUCAAACUUGUGUGUAGCAAUGGACAAGAAUACUUUGCAGAUGAUGUUAUUGUUGCCACGUCCCUUGGUGUUCUAAAACACUCAGAUAUCCAGUUCGAUCCGGAGCUGCCGCAGUGGAAGCGAGAGGCGAUCAGCAGGAUGGGGAUGGGUGUGGUCGAGAAGGUUUUCUUCGAAUUCACUGAGGACGACAUGGAGACUAUGGAGGAGAAGGGAUUCUGCUUCCGAAGCAUCCUUCCAAGGCAACAGGAUGAACAGAGUCUAAGCUUUCUUUGCCGAGCCACAGGCAUGUACAGAGUCCCGAUGUCAAGGUACGUUUGCAUGUGGCUGACUGGAGCGGAUGUCUCGGAAAAGCUCAGCAAGACGUCGGAUGAAGAGCUCAUCUCACAAUUUGUACAGCUCGUCAGGGCUUUCGCGCGCCCCACGGACCAGCCUCACAUCCCCAGCCCAUUCAACGUGGUCAGGGGGUCCUACUCCUUCCUCUCGACCUCGUCAACACAGGAGGAUAUCCGUGCGCUGGGAGAGCCUGUUGUUGUCGGCAGCCAACAGAAGGCUUGCCAUAUCUGCUUCGCGGGGGAGGCGACCCACGAGAACUUCUAUGGGACCGUCCAUGGCGCCUACCUGGCCGGGGAAAGAGAAGCUCGGAGGAUGAUUCGUCUCCGAUCAGCGCAGCCCAUCGGCGACUGA